AUGAAGGUUCUCAUAGUCAAGCAUAUAUUCUGCAGGUUUUAUGAAGGAGUUAUUACUUCUUUUAACCACUCAAAAAUGAAGCACCAGGUAGUCUAUGUUGACGGUGAUGAAGAGCUAUUAGAUCUCAAGAACGAACGAUGGGAACUGAUGGGAGAUGUCAUAUUGCCAGGCCAGGGGCAGGACACUGUUCCAGGUCCUAAUGUGUCAGCUGAUGUGUUUUCCGAUGGUGUGGUUGAUUCUUCUGGUCCUGCAAGAAAGAAGCAUGUGGUAUUGGACAAUGGUGGUACUGAAACAAUACUGUCUACAAGCAAGGAAAGCCAGAAGCUUGUCAGAAGCAAACCCCGGCGAAAUAGGGGGAAAUCAACUGAUACUGGAAAUCUUGACGCGUCUUCUAAAACGCAUGAGCAGCAUCCUCCUACUGUCACCCAGAUGGACACACACAAUAUGUCCAACCCCCAGAGUUCACAGAAUGAGGAAGGGGAAAAAUGUCUGAUGGAGAUAUCAUCUACUCUGGGCACACCUAUGUCUACUGGUCAAGAUGCAGUGGCAUUGAAUGGCAUGAUUGAUGUUCAAGGCUACAGCGUGAAGCCUAGCAAUGCACCAGUCCUUAGGGCCAUCUUUGCAAAGUAUGGUGAUAUUGCUACCAACUGUCUAUACAAGUCAUCAUCUGUGAGGGCUUCCUUGCUUGAUGUUGUCUGCAGUGUUGUUCAGCGGCUCCUAACCAAUGACAACACAGUCCUUAUGUCUUACAUUGAAGCCAUUGAAAGUGAAGUUUCCGAUGCCGAGAAAGCUAAGCUUAAGGUAUCCUGGUUGCGUAAGCACUUGACUAAGGUCCAUGAAAUAGAAGCGGUUGGUCAUCGCUCCUCCUUGCUAAAGGAGGCAAAGACAAGAAGCAGCCUUGCCAUUAAAAUGGCCACAAAGGACUUGGAACAGAAGCGAGUGGAUCUGGUUGAAGCACAGGAACAGUUUAGACAGGCAGAAAGGUGUGUGGAGGCGUUAAAACUUGUGAGCCAAAAAAUUAAUAAUGACGUCUUGGAGUCUGUGACUGAAGAGAAUUUGUUGCGAAGAAAAUUAGAUGAACUUCUGUAA